UUUAUUUUGAAAAUCCUAACCGGAAGUAAAAACUGAUUUAUUGUUUUGCUAACUUGAUAUCAUUAGCAGGAAGCUGAUGCACAGUCAGAAACUUCGCCAGUUAUGCGCAGUCUUUAAAAUCAAUGACCCCAGUUAUUUAACGGUGGUUUGAGGUCUAAAUGUCCGCCUGAGGCUCUCCAGACACCGGGUUGCUCGCCUUCUUACAGCGGUCGUUAGCCUGCGGGUGCUAACUUCAGCUAGCCUGAAGCUAACGUUACUGUUGCUAACGUUACCAACUGGCCACACAGCAGAAAAAAAAGGGACGAGCUGAAGCUGAAGAAGAAGUCCUGCUGAUUUUUGCUUGUUUUUAUCUUCCCACCGGUGCUCCGCCAGCACACUGAGUGAUGUGGAAAGUGACUUUACAACUGUUGGCUGGUUUGCUGUCGGCCUGGCUCUUCGGCAACUUCGUUCUGGGCUGGUUUCAACAAAACAACGCAAUAAAACCCGAAACGCAGAGCGGCAGCGGAGCAUCGGAUAGCCAGGACCAGAGCUGCUUCUGCCAUCUGACGGGCGUCCUGGAUGACUGCUUCUGUGACGUGGAGAGCAUCGACGUCUUCAACAACUUCAAGAUCUACCCUCGGAUCAAGAGGCUGACGGAGAAGGACUACUUCAGAUACUACCGGGUCAACCUGAAGCGUCCGUGUCCCUUCUGGCCCGACGAUCCCCACUGCGCCAUCAAAGACUGCCAUGUGGAGCCCUGUCCAGAGAGUAAGAUCCCCGUGGGCAUCAAAUCUGGCAACUACAACAAGUACUCCCAUGCAGCCAACACGGUGUCCGAUGUCACAGCGUGCGAGCAGGCCAUAGAGCUGGGUGCCAUCAACAGCACCCUGAGUUACCAGAGUAAGAAGGCGUUUGCUGAUUGGGCGAGACAUGACGAUGCUCAGGAUCAUUUCUGUGAGCUGGACGAUGAGACCUCUCCCGAUGCUGAAUAUGUGGAUCUGCUGCUGAAUCCGGAGCGGUUCACUGGAUACAAAGGUCCUUCAGCCUGGAGAGUCUGGAACAGCAUCUAUGAGGAAAACUGCUUCAAGCCCAGAUCGGUGUACCGACCUCUGAACCCUCUGGCUCCGAGCAGAGGAGACGAUGACGGAGAAGGUUUCUACAAGUGGCUCGAAGGUCUGUGUUUGGAGAAGAGGGUUUUCUACCGACUCAUCUCCGGCCUCCACAGCAGCAUCAACAUCCACCUGUGUGCCGAGUACCUGCUGGACGAGGGCUGGGGCCGCUCUGUGUGGGGUCCGAACCCCCAGGAGUUCCGGCAGCGCUUCGACACGGCGGAGACGAAGGGCGAGGGCACGCGGCGGCUGAAGAACCUCUACUUCCUGUACCUCAUCGAGCUGCGGGCGCUCUACAAGGUGGCGCCCUACUUCGAGCGAGCGUUUGUCAACUUGUACACGGGGAACGCCGAGGAGGACGGAGCCACCAAGGAGCUGCUGCUGCAGGUCUUCAACGAGAUCAAGGCCUUCCCCAUGCACUUUGAUGAGAAGUCCAUGUUCGCUGGACACAAAAUCGAAGCCAAAAUAUUAAAGGAGGAGUUCCGCCUCCAUUUUAAAAACAUCUCCAGGAUCAUGGACUGCGUCGGCUGCAGUAAAUGUCGACUCUGGGGGAAGCUGCAGACCCAGGGCCUAGGAACCGCUCUGAAGAUCCUCUUCUCGGAGAAGGAGAUCCAGAACCUCCCCGAGCACAGCCCGUCCAAAGGCUUCCAGCUGACGCGGCAGGAGAUCGUGGCGCUGCUCAACGGCUUCGGCAGGUUGUCCACCAGUAUCCAUCAGCUCCACAGCUUCCGCCUGCUGCUGAAGGACAGCAGGUAACACUCACCUCUCCUCCUCUUCCUCGCCCUGAAGGGAACGCUCUUCUUCAAGGACGUCAGGAUCGACUGGGAGCCCACAAACUCUCUCUCUCUUCUUCCUUCUCUUCCUUCUCUUCUUCUCCGUCUGUUAGACCACGAAUGUUAACUCCUCUUGCCUCCGAUGUCUUUCCUUUCCUUUCUCUCGGCUGUGAAACUUGUGGGCCGGUUGAAUAUAUGUUUUGGGUCUCUCCUGAGAGACGCUGAGAGCUGUAAAAUCAGUGACGUUGGACGAACCCGGACAGGACAUGAUGAGAUGUUGGGACCCCCCCCCUUCUGACAUCACUUCCUGUGACGAUGUAGAAACGCUGGAUCCUGAGAGAGGAGCGAGUCGGGACGCUUUGUCCACAUAAAACGCUGCUGCUGCUGCCUGCUUUCUCUUCAUUAGUUUCUCCUCU